CUUGACUUCUGGUGACCCGACGUGUGAUUUUCUCUCUGAUCUGGAUUAUUUGUGGUCGGAAAAGACAAUCGUAUCCCAAGUGGAAACAUGACGUCGAAACCGUCGGAGCAGGAGGUGUGCCAAUCCGUCCUGGAAUUCGUCGCCGAUGGCACCUAUCCAGCGUCGGAGCAGGUGAUCGCCGCUGAAUUUCCGGCGUCGGCUCUCAGUAAUGAAUUGGAGCUAUUGGCAAAGGCGAGAGAGCAGGUGGAAGCCGAGAUUAGCUCACUGAGCCGGGGAAAUGAUUUCGACGCAGAUGGAUGGAUUUCGCAAGCGAAGCAGCUUCAUGCGGACAUAGAACGGUCGAGGGUCACGGCCCGGGAGAUUGUCGCGCAGCACGAGAACAGUAAACCGCUGCAGAUGAAGGUCGAGGAUGCCGCAGCCAAGGUCGGGUUGGUCGAGACGGAAAUCGUGUUCAACGAGGCGGUGACGCGCGCCUUGGAGGAGGUACAGCGACUCUAUCAGCAGCUCGAGGCUGGGCGGGGGACGCUGAGAGAGGGGCGGGUGAUGAAGGCCAUUGACACGUUGGAGGAGGUGGAACGAUCCGUCAACCAGGACAGGCUGUUCUCCAACACCAAUGUGAUGCACGUCCUCUUUGAGAAUGUUGCCGAAUUGCGACGGGAGAUCAUUGUGUCCCUUCAUACGCGCUGGGCGGAGCAGUUGAAUGUCGACAAGAAACAGCGCAAGUUGGAAGUCGUGGAUAACAGCGGAAACUCUCUCGACGAGACUAUCUCGGCAUUGUCUCGUCUGAAACUGCUUGCGGCGGCCAACGACAAAUUCCAGAAUGACCUCAUAUCCGCAGUUGUCGAGCCUAUCCUGGUGCCGAGUCGCGAUGGGUACAGUCGCGCGCUACAGGUGAACAAUUCCUCGCUACAAGUCGGACCGGAGCCAUCGGAAGCAACGGUUUCUGAGGUCCUGGACCGCAUAGCCACGGUCUUGGAUUUCUUACGGCAGUGCCUCCCGUCGGCUGUUGUCGACCCCUUCUCGGCGAAUUUCAUCCCGACGCUCUCCUCCAAGGUGAUCGCGUCGUGGUUAUCCUCGGCGAUUCCUACAGAACUAACCGGCCUGGGCGACUUUGAACGCAUGUUGGACGAUGUCCUCGGAGUCGCCAAGAAGAUUGAGUCCCUAGGGUGGCAAGGUCAGGAAGAACUCGUUUCCUGGGUCAACCAAGCGCCUCGUCUCUGGCUGGCCCGACGCCGGGUCGAUUCGUUGGACCAGGUUCGCAAAGUCCUUGCUGCGAGCCAAGGUACCACCCAGCAAGUGGAAAGGGUGGAAAAAGAGCAAGUCUCCCAGGAAGACGAUGUCUUACUGGAGAAGGCCCCGUCCGAUGACUGGGAUGCGGAGUGGGAUGACGAUGAAGACGACUCCAAAGCACCGAAGACGAACACACAGGACGAUGAGGAAGAUGUUAGCGCUUGGGGGCUGGACGACGAAGCGAAAGAGGAGGCUGGUGCAGCCGCUGACGACGAUGACGAAGCUGAUGCCUGGGGCUGGGGUGACGAGGAUCAGGAGGAGGAGGCACAGGAGGAUCCACCGCACAAGAAAUCAAGUGCGGCCAACCCGGUGAACGGCAAGCAGUCGGCGCCCUCUUCUACUUCUCCCAAAGAGAUUACCCUGAGAGAGGUAUACACGGUCACAGACAUCCCUGCGUCCAUCCUCCGGAUUGUUCUGCAGCAAGUGCAAGACGCAGAGGCCAUUUCACAGCCGACACACUCCCACCCCCGUGUGGUCGCUUCGGGGGCCGGUCUUCUCGCCCUUCCCACGCUGGUCCUCGCCAUGUUCAAAGCCACGGCGUCGUCCUUCUACGGCAUGAAGCUGAGCUCCGGUCAGAUGUAUCUGUACAACGAUAGCCUAUACCUAGCCGAUCAGAUCCGUGGGAUCGUGGAGGAGCAUCAGCUCACCCGGCUCGAGCCGGACAUCGAGGCGCUGGCCAAAUUCGGCAAAUUCGCCUACACCAAGGAGAUGCAGACGCAACGCACGAUCGUGACCGAUCUCCUCGACGGCGCCCAAGGAUUCGGCCAAUGCUCCGAGCAACCUUUCCUAGGCGAGUGCGAGAACGCCGUAAGCGCCGCGGUGGACCGAAUUCGAGACGUUUACAAAGAGUGGCAACCGAUCCUCUCCCAUUCCGCACUCCUCCAAUCAAUCGGGUCGCUGGUGUCCACGAUAAUCAACAAGAUGAUCAUCGACAUCGAGGACCUCGGAGACAUCUCAGAGCCCCAGUCUCAACGGCUGGUGGAAUUCUGCAGUCGGGUCUCCCAGCUGGAGGAUCUGUUCGUGCCCCGAUCGUCUGACCACGGGGAGCGGGAGCCGGUCCCCAUGACGGCAGUCUACGUGCGCAACUGGCUCAAGUUCCAAUACCUCGUCAACAUCCUGGAGAGCUCGCUGGCCGACAUCAAGUUCCUGUGGGUGGAAGGGGAACUCCGGCUGGAAUUUUCGCCCGACGAAGUCGUCGACUUGAUCGAGGCCUUGUUCGCCGAGUCGGACUACCGGCGCAAGGCCAUUGCGGAGAUCCGGCGUGUCUCUCGACAGGAGGGGUUGGGGAUGUGAGGAGACUCUAUAUAAACCACAUUAUUUUGCAUAUACGGGUCAGCUAAGCAGUUG